UAGGUUUUCAGCACUGUGCUGGCUGACUGGCAGGUUUUAAAUCCUCAUCAGGACUUGAUACGUGCGCGUCUCUGCUCUGUUAAAAGCGCCUUUCACCGCUCUUGUCACAUUUAUAACGUUGAGAUUGUCUGAAAGCUGAUUGGUUAAGCGUUGGUCACGUGACGGCUGGACUUUCCAAGACAGCUGAGAAGCUGCUGAUGUGCGUGGAGUUUUUUUUUUCUUUUCCACCUGUAACGUUACAGACGUUCCUUUCUUCCGGGUCAUAUUUGGUGUAAUGGGAGACAAGAAGAGUCCCACCAGGCCAAAGCGGCAGUCUAAGCCUUCCGAUGAUGGGUACUGGGACUGCAGCGUGUGCACGUUCAGGAACAGCGCCGAGGCGUUCAAGUGCAUGAUGUGUGAUGUCAGGAAGGGGACGUCGACCCGAAAACCAAGGCCCGUCUCUCAGCUUGUUGCACAGCAGGUUAAUCAGCAGUUUGCACCACCAACACAUCCCAAAAGGGAGAAGAGAGAGAAGUCUGACAAGGACAAAAGUGACAAAGAUUCCACACUGAAAAAGAAAAACUAUAGAAAGACGAGGCUCAGAUUAAAAAACAUAGACCGGAGCAGCGCCCAGCAUCUGGAAGUCACAGUUGGAGACUUGACUGUAAUUAUCACAGACUUUAAAGAGAAAGCCAAACCCACAUCCUCAUCAGCAAGUGCUGCUUCAGCAGAUCUGCACAGUCAGAGUGGCUCAAGCUCCGAUAACACUGAGCGAGGCGUCUCCAGAUGCUCCUCACCCCAUGGAGAAGGCUCCUCCAUCAAUGGAGAGACUCACUAACCCUAGUCAGAAGAACUCCUCAUUCUGCACCUUUUAAAAGCUCAACAGGAGACUAAACUUAAACGUGCACGUUUAUUUUAAAUAUAUAAAACCUUAAACAGGAUAGCAUCCACUUCCAUUUAAGGUUGGAUAUUUCACUGCCUUCCGAUGACGAUAAAGCAUUCAGAUGUCAGGCUUAUUCUGAAGAAGUGAUGCAUCAUGAUCAACCUCUAAUGGAACAACAGCAUCAAAUCCUGGAUGUGGAUGACCUCAGUGCCCUGCCCAGGUCGCCGUCGCUGCACAAUAAAUGAGGGAUUAUGGAAGAGAUGUGGAGAAGUCAUCUCAGUUUACUUUUCAAAUUUUUUAAUUAUUUGCACUUGAUGCCAACAAUUUAAGCGUUAUUUCCAAUUUGUCUUUAUAACAAUGUUUCUUGCCUGUUUUAUCUCGUUUUCUGCCAUCAAAUGCAAUAACUCGGUUUAGCAUUUGAGUACAAAUACUGAACAGUAGAACCACAUGUGCUUGGCCAUCAGUCAAUAAUUAAACAAGAUUUAUUCUAAAGAAACGUUUCUAUUGUGAAAUAAAGAAUAGUUAGUUGUAGAUGCAUAGGUAUGUUUUUUAUUUUAUAUGUAUGUUUAAUUUACCUUUACUUUGUUGUGCACACAAAAGCCUUCAAGUACUUCCAUAUUUCCAACUUUAGAGUUGUCUCCUAUUGCACUGCAGAAAAGUACUUGGGCUUUAUGUCACAUCUGACCUAUCAGUGGUGCUUCUCAGUUAAGAUUAUACUGUACUACGUUUGUUUAUGAGAAAUUGUCAGGCUCAUUAUUAGGGAGGUUUUUUUUUAUUGUUAGUUUUAUUCAUGCACCCCUGGUGGUAAAACUGUUUGGAACAUAUCUGUGGGUUACCCAUUUACUGCAGGUAACUUGAGUUCAAUGAUGAAUAAAGAUAAUUAAAAAAUAAAAUUACAUGCAAUUUUAAUUCAUGAAAAUCUCUUUAAAAACAUGGUCUAAUCUUUCAUUUAAUUUAUUUGCAAUUCAUUUGGUGGAUCAUGCAUUUAAUUUUUUAAUUAUUUACCUUUUUACACACUGAUCCUGCAUCAAACUUUCAUUCUGAAGAUGUUUUUAAGUUGCCUAAAUGAGUUUCUAACAAACAUUUGGGUUGUUUUGUUUUCAAGCAAAUGUAUGGAGGAACAUUUUGUGAAUAGUGCACCAUCAGUCCUACUUCCUUAAUAUAUUCAGAUAGUUUUGUGUAGGGGGCAGUGAUACUUUAGAUACAUUUUCCAUCUCAACAGGUGCUUUCAUAGGAAUCCUGGUUUUAUUUAAACAAUUUAAAUUUGGUGCUAAUGUGGAAGUUGCUGUUUUUAUACGACUCUGCCUUUAUUUCUUCCUUUUUAGCCACCUGCUUUGUUUUUUGUUCAUAGCAGAAAAAAACAUUCUAGUUGUCCAGAAAUUUUCUAUAAGUUUUUUUCUUCUGUUUUUAGUAGAAAAAUAAAAGCCUACAUUUGUCAAA